AGUAAAGCGUGGGGCGGGCAUUGUCCUCGUGACCACUGACCGCCAUGUCCCAAUCAACCCCCUCACCUCCCCAACAUUAACAACUAUCACUCCAAUAAUUGACACAGUUCACACACUAACGUUGUUCGGUGUGUUCUCCGGCGGCCGAGGAAGUGCGAUGACAGCCGGUGGUUCAUCAACGGGGCGGCUGCCGUCUUGGAGGGAGAGGGAGAACAACAAGAGAAGAGAGAGGAGGAGAAGGGCCAUUGCCGCCAAAAUCUACUCCGGGCUUCGAGCUCAGGGCAAUUACAAGCUCCCCAAGCACUGUGACAACAACGAAGUUCUCAAGGCCCUUUGCGCGGAGGCUGGUUGGGUUGUUGAAGAAGAUGGCACCACUUAUCGCAAGGGAUGUAAGCCACCCCCAGCUGAUACUCCAAUGACCUCGACAAAUAUCAGCGCGUGUUCGUCAAUGCAACCAAGCCCGAAUUCUUCUGCGUUUCCCAGUCCCUUGCCUUCUUACCAUGCCAGCCCUACAUCGUCCUCAUUUCCAAGUCCAUCGCGCUGUGAUGGAAAUCCUACCUCCUUCAUUCUCCCUUACCUUCGCAACUUAGCUAUCCCAUCCUCCCUUCCUCAUCUGCGUAUAUCUAAUAGUGCCCCCGUUACCCCACCUCUUUCCUCUCCGACCCGAAGUUCAAAGCCCAAGCCUCAUUGGGACUCUAUCCCCAAUGGUUCAUUAAAUUCUUUUCUUCACCCUAUUUCCGCUGCCUCUGCCCCAUCUAGCCCUACACGCCGUCAGCGUUUUACACCAGCGCCAAUUCCAGAAUGUGAUGAAUCUGAUGUCUCAACGGUUAAUUCUGUUCGGUGGGUCAGUUUCCAGUCAGGGCCAGCCCCAGCUGCUCCCCCUUCACCUACUUAUAAUCUUGUUCAAGCUGUAGCUCAGCAGACUUCUCUCCAGGGAAAAUUUGUUUCUUGUAGUGAAUUGGGAUGGGGAUCAGCGGCAAAGAGGGCACAGGGACCUGAAUUUGAGUUUGAGAGUGGUGCAGUAAAAGCAUGGGAAGGUGAAAAGAUACAUGAAGUUGGCAUGGAUGAUCUGGAACUCACACUUGGAAGCGGAAAAGCUCAUGCUUAGUGUUCCAGCUAUUAAGGCCAAAGAAACCAUUGUCUUCAUAUCCGUAAACUCCUUAUUUGUUCAACAAUUGCUGCCAGAGCCAUUCAUAGCACGUUGCUUGGAUCUCAUAUCUACAUAAAUGUUUCCAUUGGCUGCAUACUGUUUCGUGGGCAACCAAUAUUACUUGAACUUAAACGGCUCAGCUGAUGAGGAGACGAUGACUUGGCGAGCUACAUAGAACUAAAUUCUAUACAGUAGUAGUUUUGGGGCAAUUAAAUGGAGAAAGCACCGUCUUUGGCUUGUUUGUUCAUCCCCAUUGAUCAAGAAUUCUGUUUCCGUUGCAUGUGGCAUGGCUACACAAGCUCGAGAUGUGCAAUUGCUUCUGUUCUUUUGUCAAAUAGACUGCUACUUGGCUACUGGUUCAAGUACUAGUUUGUUUCUCUGGCUGGGUGGCCAGUUCUGUUAUAUCUGAGUUGCCACAAAUUAUCAUCAUUGACAUCAUUGGCAGAAUGAUCAAUUGGCCCUCUGGAGUUAAGAAUGUAAUAUUAGAAUGUUAUGGUCAAGACAUUGUGUCCAUGUAUCAAAUACUACAGUUUGUUUGAGAAUUUGUUCUACUGCCAAUGAAGUGUCAACGUAAUGCUUAAAAUUGAGGUUGCAGUGAAUAUGAGGUCAUGAGUUUAAAUACAAUCAAAUUUGUAGAUAUUUAUCUCA